UCUCCAACUUUCCUUGAUCAUCACAUAUUUGUAAAAACUAUUUAUAACUAAAGGAAGAAAAUGCAGCAAUGGCUAUGAUGGCUAAUAACUCUUCUAUCCCUUCAAUUUCAUGUAAUAUUAUCAUACCCUUAAUUCUUGCCCUUUUCUUUCUCAUUGUUUCUCCCUCGUCAUUUUCUCCAAACCCUAAUCAAUUUACAUCUCACACAUCCAAGGGUUUUGUGGUGGAGGGGAAGGCGAGGUUGGGGUCGGCGCCGCCGAGCUGCCACAACAAGUGCAACCAGUGCCGGCCGUGCGCCGCCGUGCAGGAACCGACGAUUCCGGGCCGCCGGCGAGCCGAGCCAAGUUCACUCAGUGAGUCGCCGCCGGAUGUAAACAGGUGCUCCAAUUACAAGCCGCUCGGAUGGAAGUGCCGAUGCGGCGGCCGUUUUUACAACCCUUAAUUUUAUUUAAUUAAUUGAUUAAUUGAUUGAAUUAUUGUUUUUUAGAAAAAAAAAAAAAAAGAAUUUGAAUUAAUAUUUUGUAUGCUGUGUGAUAGUAUUUAAUU